CAGAGCACAGCUGGUUACACCAGCCCCGGAGCAGGAAGUCGGAAUGUAAGAAGAUUUCCCCCAUGUUACAGGUCCCACAGCAGCAACGGAGGCUAAGCUAAGCAUGGCCGACGCUGCUGAGAUACUGAGUCUGGACUCUGCUGAGCCCGGGUUGUACAGCUGGAAGCCCAUGUGAGAGACCCACAAACAAGCACAAGAAUAAGGAGUUUUUUGCAUGUCCGAAUUGACUUUGAUGUUGUUCAUUCCAUCAUCUAUUUGUAUAGACGUUUACAGCAUCUUAUUCAGGGCCAUGGAAACUGUUGAAUCCAAGGGGAAAAAGAGAGUCCUGCCAGAGUGGAUGAAGGAAGAAAAUGUCGGCACUAACAUAUCAUCAACAAAGAAUUUGAAAAGGAAGAAGGAAAACAGCUCUCCCAAAAGGCUUACAGUGUAUUGUAUGAACGAGAGAGAACUGGUAGCGUGUGCGCUGGAGAUUCUCAGUGAGGAAAAGAGGCGGAAUGCGUCCGACAUGGCGGCCAUAACCGAGGCAAGUGAAGACCAACAGUCCGGAGAGUCACAAGCAACAUCCCCAGCCAAUCAGACCAGCAGCCCCGAGGUUGUACCUUCCACUUCCAAAGCACCAACCGUGCCCGAGACGGAUUCCGACAGUGACGACGACGCUUUACGGCUCAUCAGGGAGAUAUUUUUUACAUGAUUCCAGUGCAAUGAAAAAACGAAUCAACGUGCACCCUAAACCCACCUACUUUGUACCCGCACCCAACCCGCUGAGCCUUGGUAUUUAUAGACCUGAGCCCACUCUGCCCCACUCUGAUGUAAUGAAAAGGGUCUAUAAAUACCAGUGGCCCAAGGUGGAAGCAGGGUUGGACUUGGCCACCGGGACACUGGGAAAAUACCUGGUGGGCCCCAGCGGCCCAGACCCGACCCUAUUUCUGCUUCCUCUGGCUUCCGAUGUCCUCCCCUAACGCGUUUCACAUACACGGGUUCAGGGGAGAAUGUCGGACAGGGGCCCCUGCGGGGGGGUUAGUGGUGCGCGGUGGGGGUGCCUGCAGGGGAAGCAGCCAGAGGAGGCACCUUGGGGGGUGCGGUGGGCCCUGCACUCCCCAGUCCAACUUGGGGUGGAAGUUCCAUAUAGUAAGGUGACAGUUAGGGUGGGCACAUAGUAAAGUUCAUAAAUAAAUGGAGGGCAUAUAGCGGUUUGGUGCAAAAUCAACCCAAAAAGGAUUCCCCACGAGAAAGGCUGAUUCUCUUGGCAAUUGGAUCAUGUUCUUUUUUUCUACUUGACUGUAUUGUACUGAUUAAAAAUGAUUAGUGUAAUAUUUUCGUAUAAAAGACAAUUAUCUUUUAAUAUUA